AUGCUCACUGCGUCAAGCCAUCUCUCGCCAUACAGUCUUUAUGGGGAGGACCCCAUACUUUGGUACCCGCCAGACACAACGCCUGGGGUAAAGAUUGAAGCUGUAGCAACAACACCACCAAACCAGCGCAACAUUUGGCAUACAAACCACCCAGCGUCCAGACAACUAGCCGUUCUUUCGCACAUAUCCCCUCCAUACAACAUGGCCAACCCACGAGUAGAAGAGCUCCCUGAGGAGGACGUCAAGGCUACCGUCGAGGAGAGCUCCGAGUCUGAGGCCGGUGAUGAUGGCGCUGAAGAACUCAACAUUCCUGGUGGCUCCGGUGUCACCGUUCUCUCCCGUAACGAGAAGAAAGCCAGAAAAGCAAUUGGGAAGCUUGGAUUGAAGCAUGUUCCUGGAAUCACUCGAGUCACCCUCCGCCGACCAAAGAAUAUCCUUUUCGUUAUCAACCAGCCCGAUGUCUACCGCUCCCCCACCAGCAACACCUGGAUUAUCUUCGGUGAGGCUAAGAUUGAGGAUCUCAACUCUCAGGCCCAGGCCUCCGCUGCCCAACAGCUUGCCGCCAGCGAGGGUGCCAACGCUGCUGCCGGUGAAUCCGCUGGCCAGGAAGCCAUAGAUCUCGGAAAGGGCAAGGCUGUCGAGACCGAGAAGAAGGAAGAGGAAGACGAGGAUGAUGGUGAGGAAGUUGACGACACCGGCCUGGAGGCCAAGGACAUCGAGCUUGUCAUGGCCCAAGCGAACGUCUCGAGAAAGAAGGCUGUCAAGGCUCUCAAGGAGAACGACAACGAUAUUGUUAAUUCUAUCAUGGCGUUGAGCAUAUAA